AUGAGUGUCAAUUGUGAUAAUUGCACAACUCUCGGGUAUGAGGCUGCUAAGACAACUCUUAACUUGUUCGUUGCAGGUACAGAUACAUCGUCAAGUACAGUGGAAUGGGCAAUAGCCGAACUCAUUCGUCAUCCACAACUACUAAAACAAGCCCAAGAAGAAAUGGAUAAUGUAGUAGGUCGAGACCGACUUGUAAACGAAUCUGACUUAGGCCAACUAACAUUCCUCCAAGCAAUUGUAAAGGAGACCUUUAGGCUCCACCCUUCAACACCACUCUCCUUGCCAAGAAUUGCAUCCGAGAGUUGUGAAAUUGAUGGGUAUUACAUUCCUAAGGGAUCCACGCUCCUUGUUAACGUGUGGGCCAUUGCUCGUGACCCAAAUAUGUGGAUGGACCCACUUGAAUUCCAACCCACACGGUUCAUGCCUGGAGGAGAAAAGCCCGAUGUUGAUGUCCGAGGAAACGACUUUGGAGUCAUACCAUUUGGCGCUGGACGAAGGAUUUGUGUGGGUAUCAACCUAGGGUUGAGAAUGGUCCAGCUUCUUAUUGCAACAUUGGUCCAAACCUUUGACUGGGAAUUGGCUAAUGGGUUAGUGCCAGAAAAGCUAAACAUGGAUGAAGCCUAUGGGCUAACCCUUCAAAAGGUUGAGCCCUUGAUGGUACACCCAAAGCCGAGGCUAGCUCCUGACGUAUAUGAAAGAUGUUAA